UACCAUCACUACUACCAGCACCAAUACCAGCACUAAUACCAGCACUAAUACCAGCACCAUAAUGGUCUCAAACUCUAAAUUCUGGAACGGGCAUAGCCGCCGCCGUUGUGUGCGAAGGAUUAGGAAUCGCUGAUUCCGAUGUGGAUGUGGUGGUGCCUGCUCUGCUCUGCUCUGGUCCGAUCUGGCCGUCACACACAGCACACACACACCGCACGCACACACCGUCUCGUUACUUCCCCAGGACAGGACAGGACAGGGCAGGAAAAGUAUAGAAGAUGCAGAAGAACAUGGAGAAGAAGGAAUUAUUGGCUUACAUACAUCCUGGCAGCCUGGGGUUCUCCGCUGUUGAUUGAGGGGGGGAAGGUCCGGACGGCGAUGGAUGGUACUCUACCUACCUGGGCAGUCCACGGCGAAAGAAACCCCCUCCCCCACACACGCUGCCAAGCAUCAAUCAAUCGUCAGAGAAGUUUUUUCUUUCCUUUUUUCAUAGCUCCAUACAGCACGCUGGCGGUCGUUUACGCACGCCAGUCUCACGGACGCCGAUGAAGAGAUUUUUCUCGCCGCGGGGGGCGAAUUCCUAAUUCCAAUGUGGGAUGUGGGAUGUGGGAUGUGGGAGAGUGGAGUAUCUGCGGAUGGAAGGCGGACUGAUGGAG